CACGAAAUAAUUAAUUAAUAAAUACAUUUUGAUUGGUAGCCUUUUAGAUUCUAAUUUCUGAUUUUAGAGUUUUGUAAUAAUUAAAAAUGUACCAGAUGUUUAAAUUAGCAUUUUCUUUACAUAAAUAAUUUUUUCAAAAUAUUUCGCUUACUUUAAGCUAUUUUUAGGCAAAAAUAGCUAAUGCAUAGGCACAGUUUUUUUUUCAUAAGUUCAAAUAUUAUAAGCAGGGCUGUGAAUUUCAUGCACUUGCAUGUUUUUUUUGCUACAUUGUAUAAGAAAAUGGAUUUGAUCAAAAUUUGUUUUGCGUUAUUUAUAAAUUAAAUACGAAAUCUUAUUUUGCAUAUUUUUGCAUAUUUAACCGGUAAGGGCAUAUAAAUGCAUGAUUUCGCGAAUUCCUCUUGUUUUUGCUUUUUUCUCAUUUGAAUAAUAUGUUUUUCUCAUUAAUUUGUAAAAUUUCUUGAAUUUGGACGAUACAAUUUUACCGUUGUAAUUUUAUCGCGGUGGUAAUAAUAACAGGAACAUGUGUUAAACCCGGUCUAGAGUGGCAUGCAAUUGUCUCCUGUUAUUAUCGCAGGUCUGUGGUCAAAAGUCUAACUUGAAAUAUCUUUAAUCUUAAUCUAUUAUAUUAUGGUAGACAAACCGACGCGCGAUAGUGUUGUCGUCGUCUCGUGAGUGGUAAUACGUUGUUUGUAAUAUUUUCGUUUAAAUUUUCUAUUAGUUAACACUUAACAAGCAUAAUUUUAAAAUGCCAAAAGAAAAAAAGACGACAUCUAGUCGUUUACAAAGUUAUGUUACUGAAUUUGGAACAGAAAUAUUUUCAACAGAUAACAAAAUUUUAUUUUGCAAAGUAUGUAAUACGAAAGUUUCAAGUGAAAAACGUUUUUCUAUAACUCAGCAUAUCGCAGCCGAAAAACAUCGUAAAUCUGUUAAACGCGCUGAAGAAAAAAAGGAUAAAUCUCAACAGCUUUUAUUUCAAAAUUCUUCAACAAAAUCGUCAUUCAAAACUGAUUUAUGUAAAGCUAUGUUGAGUGCUAAUAUACCUUUCAAUAAACUGAGCAAUCCACAUUUCAAAAUCUUUUUAGAGAAAUAUACAUCGGAAGUUAUACCAGAUCAAUCAACUUUACGAAAAUCAUAUGUCGAUAAUUGUUACCAGGAAACUAUUGGAGAAAUAAGAAAUAAAGUGGCAGAGAAAAAAAUUUGGGUUUCAAUUGACGAAACGACGGACGCUGAAGGACGCUAUAUUGCCUCCGUUAUAAUCGGAACACUACUCACGGAUCGGCCAGGUGAAAUUUUUUUAUUAAAUGUCGAGCAAUUAGAAAAGGCUAACCACAGUACUAUAUGCACACUAUUUGAAGAUUCGCUUUGUUUACUUUGGCCUGGUGGCAUACAUCGUAACGACGUAUUAUUAUUUUUGAGUGACGCCGCGCCCUAUAUGGUGAAGGCAGGAGAUACGUUGAAAGUGUUGUACACAAAAAUGGUCCAUGUAACAUGCACAGCACAUGGAUUAAAUAGAGUUGCCGAAUAUAUCCGUAUUCAAUAUCCCAAAGUAGAUAAACUGGUUGCUAAUGUUAAAAAAGUAUUUAAAAAGGCACCAUCUCGUAUUAUAAAAUUUAAGACUGAUGCGCCUAAUAUAGCUCUACCCCCCGAACCAAUUCUGACACGAUGGGGAAUAUGGAUUUCCGCUUCAAUAUAUUAUUGUGAAAACUUCCAAAUUGUAAAAAAUAUUGUUGAAAGUUUUGAUGAAGAUGAUGCGCUUUCAAUUAGAAAUGCUCAAAAAUAUUUUAAAGCACCACAGAUUAAAGGUAACUUAGCAUUUAUAAAAUCAAACUUUGAGUGCCUUCCUACGGCUAUAACACGUCUUCAAAAACAAGGCAUGGCAUUAAUAGAAGCGAUACAGAUUAUUGAAGAUGUUUCAGCCAAAUUCAAUAAUUUAAAAUGCCAGACCGGAAUCAAAAUUAACGAGAAAUUACAGACAGUUCUUACUAAAAAUAAAGGGUUUCAAAUUGUUUGCAAUAUUUCAAAAAUAUUAAACGGAGAAGAAGAAAACGUUGGUUGUUUAGAUAUACCUGAAAACUUAACAAGUAGUGACAUGGGAUAUUUCAAGUAUGCCCCUACCACGUCAGCUGAUGUAGAGCGUUCAUUUUCUGUGUACAAAAACCUCUUGGCGCCAAAUAGGAGAUCAUUCAAGUUUGAAAAUAUAAAGAAAUCGCUGAUUGUACAAUGCAAUACUUAUUUUGCAGGCGUCGAAGAACAAUAGAACAUUGAAGCAUUUAUUAUUAUUAUUACAAGUCCAUUUUUCAAGUCAUUUUAUAAUUAGUAAUU